AUGCAUUGUUUUCUGCAGAUCAACAUCUUGCAAAUAAAAUGCUCCAAUCGAACCAAAGCUUCAGAAUUUUAUCUAGUAGGUUUUUCAUUACUAAAGGAAGCAGGAUUUUACCUCUUUGUUCUUAUCUUCAUUAUAUACAUCCUAUCUAUAACAGCCAAUGUAUUUGUUAUUGUAAUAAUCAGAAAUGAUCCGCGCCUUUACAAGCCCAUGUAUUUCCUCAUCGGUGCACUGUCUUUUCUAGAGAUCUGGUAUCCUACAGUGACCGUCCCCAGGCUGCUAUGGGCUCUGCUUGCAGAUGAAGAGUCAAUAUCUCCAGCCGGAUGUUUUACCCAGUUUUUUUUCCAUUUUUCCUUUGGUGCCACUGAAAAUUUUUUGCUGACUGUAAUGGCCCUUGACCGCUUUUUGGCUAUAUGCAAUCCUCUACACUAUUCACAUAUUAUGAGCCCCAACACUUGCAUUCUGAUGUUAUCGGGCUCCUGGCUAUUUGGGUUUGUGGUUGUAGCCAUCCCUUCUUUAGAAAUCACAAAGCUUUCUUUUUGUGGCUGUAAUAUAAUUGAUCACUAUUACUGUGAUUUUGCCCCAUUGAUCAAGUUGUCUUGCUCUGAGACUUCUCAUGUUGAAAAGAUGGUUUUUGUUUCUUCCUGCUUUGUAAUAUUGGGAUGUUUUUCGGUAAUUAUUAUGUCUUAUAUCUGGAUUAUAAAGACGACUUUGCAUUUUUCUGUUUCAUUUGGGAAAAGUAGGACAUUUUCCACAUGUGCCUCCCAUCUACUAGUUGUUGUUAUUUUUUAUGCUACCACUAUAUUUAUGUUUGUCAGACCCACAGCUAAAGACUUUUUAUAUUUGAAUAAAAUAAUAUCUAUUGUUCCAUCUAUAAUCACCCCCCUCUUAAACCCGAUAAUCUACACCUUGCGAAACAAAGAGGUCAAAGAAGCUGUAUGCAAAACAGCCAAAAAAUGGAAAGACUAUCAUGCCUAA